GACAACAAAGCCCUAAAAAAAAGUUUUCAUGAAAUUAAAUUAAUUAAUGUGUUCUUCGGAAAUCUGAUUCAUGUAAUCCGUUGCCAUGUUCAUUAAGCCAGAACCAUUUUUUUCCCUUAAGUUUGGGCUGAUGUGAGACCAUUUUAUAAGUUAUCCAGUGUAUCUUUGGAACAGGCUUGUGGUUUUUCCAAAACAACAAUAUUUUUGUCAACAAGUUUAGCUGCUUUCUAACUUGCUGUGUUGUUUGUUGUGAGCAGUGUGUUGGAACAGCUUUAUUUCCAUCCUGAUUUUCCUUUCUACUCUCCCCUCACUUGCUGGAGCAGAAUUAAAACUCAACAGUCUGGUGCCAUAAUUUGCUGUUUUCAGAGAGACAUGAGCUGUAAUUUAAUGAAGACUUUGCCAUUUUAGUUUAGAUAAAAGAGAGAAGUCGAGUUCUUAACAGAAGAGGAGGAGUGGUCUGUAAGCACAGCAUGAUGGAAAUUAAUUCAGUCUAAAAUCCCUUUGUCAGGCAUUGAAGUUGCAUGUUAGUGGUGGGUUAACCCUGGCUGGACACCCACCAAAGCUGGUCUGUGUCUCCCCUCAGCUGGAGAGGGGAGAGAAAAUGUAAUAAAAAGAGAGCAGAGAUAAGAGCAGGAGAGAUCACUCAGCAACCGUCACAGGCUUGACCUGGGGAAAUCAGCUUAAUUUAUUACCAGUGACAUUAGAGUAGAAUAGUAAGAAAUAAAAACUAAAAAAAAAAAAUGUAGAAAGAAUUUUUUUUUCACAAACAAACUAAAAAGGACACCUUGAAAGGUGUCCCCCCCCUUCUUCCAUAUUCAUGUUGCUGUAGUCACAGAAUAGCUCAGGCGUGGACCAAAAGGAUCCCAGUUCUGCUUUGAACUAGAACAUGCUUUGUCUCCCAGAAACAAAACCCCAGGGCCACCUGUACUCAGUUUCCUCAUUAGUAAUCAGUAAUGGUGAUGAUGAUGGUGGCGCUGGUGGUGUGUUUGUCCCUGCAGGGCGAGGCCAGCAAACCAUGCAGUCAUCAGGGCACCGUUUCCGCGAUGUCGAGCACCACCCGCUCCUGGCUGACAAUGAGAGCUACGACUCCUCCUCCUCCUCCUCGGAGGCCGACAUGGCUGAGAGGGUCUGGUUCAUCAGGGAUGGCUGUGGCAUGGUCUGUGCCAUCAUGACCUGGCUCCUGGUGGUCUAUGCAGACUUCGUAGUGACUUUUGUCAUGUUGCUGCCUUCCAAAGACUUUUGGUACUCCGUGAUCAACGGGGUUCUCUUUAACUGCUUGGCAGUGCUGGCUCUGUCGUCGCACCUGAGGACUAUGCUGACUGAUCCAGUAAGUAUCCAAGAGUUCCUUGCCAUUGGGUUGACCCCUUCAUCUCCACAGAAGUUUGGAAAAGUGAUACCAGGUCUUCUCCUGCUGGGAAAAGGGGCUGUGCCCAAAGGAAAUGCCACUAAAGAAUACAUGGAUAAUUUGCAACUGAAACCAGGAGAAGUGAUCUACAAAUGUCCCAAGUGCUGUAGUAUCAAACCUGAGCGUGCGCACCACUGCAGUAUUUGCAAGCGAUGCAUCCGAAAGAUGGAUCACCACUGCCCGUGGGUGAAUAACUGUGUGGGGGAGAAAAAUCAGAGAUUCUUUGUUCUGUUUACGAUGUACAUAGCCCUAAUUUCAGCUCAUGCUCUUGUACUCUGUGGAUUUCAGUUCUUCUCCUGUGUCCGAGGGCAGUGGACUGAGUGCAGUGACUUCUCCCCACCUGUAACUGUGAUCCUGAUGAUCUUCUUGUGCCUUGAGGGUUUUCUGUUUCUCACUUUCACUGCAGUCAUGUUUGGCACCCAAAUCCACUCAAUAUGCAAUGAUGAAACGGAGAUUGAAAGACUGAAGAGUGAAAAGCCAACGUGGGAGCGCAGACUGCGCUGGGAAGGGAUGAAAUCUGUUUUUGGGGGCCAGCCCUCCCUCCUGUGGAUCAACCCUUUCGCAGGAUUUCGGAUCAGGCGACUCCUGCUACGAGGAAAGAAAGGAGGACCUGAGUUUUCUGUUUGAGUCUGAAUAUGCUGGAACUUGCAAGAAUCCUAUAUAGUAUUUAUUUUGGGGCCAGAGAAGGCUGUCUACAUAUAAUCUGUGACCAGGUGAAACUGAUAUCAGACAUUUGCUUGUAGCAAGCAGAGUUUUCUACGUUUGUUGUCACAGACAUCUCAUUAAUUCUGAGACAGGAACUGGAUCUGCCAUGAUCUUCACAGCAGGAGACCAGAGGAAAAGCACGUGGUCACACUAAAGAAGCCAAAUGUUGUCAUGCUACUGUAAUUUAUUUUCUGAGAUUACUUCCCCGUUUUUUUGUUAAACCCUUUUUAUUUGAUAAAUGUCUGGGGAGUUACCUGUGUGUUUUUAUGACGAGUCUAAGUCCUUGGAUGCACUUGUCAAUCAUUAGGAGGAGCAUUCUGGUGGAAGUUGAUCUCCAGUGAGACACAGCCUUCUCAGUCCAGAUUUCAGGGAAUUGUGCUUUGUUCAAAGUUCUCCUUUCUCUUUCAGCUUGUCCCUCUGUGUCCCACCCAUUCCUCGUGUGCAGGUGAUGCCAAGGACUGUUCCCAGCACAGAGGCACUGUCACACCCUGCCCAAUGUCUUCCCAGGCUCCCCAAAGCAUGGCCUGUGUUUGUCAGUGUCCAUCCCAUCUGGCAUUGAGGAAGAGGCAAAAUUUUCACUUAUAACCUGGCUGGGGGCCACAUCCUGCCCUGGGUUCUGCAUUUCCAGUUCCUCACGUGUUGGCUGCAGAGGAACUCAAGUGUGGACUGUGCAGGGAUGAGUGGGACCAGUGUCCUGCUGUGUGAGGUGACAGGGAGUGGACAAAUUGGGAUUAAUUCCCUGCAGACACUUUGUCCUUGUAGGGUCUUUCUCUGCCCCUUUUUUACUGUACAGACUUUUCAAAGAGGGAAAGCUGUUAAUGAUCACUUGAACAAAGCAGAGGAAAGAGGCAACUUCCCUCCUUUCUCAAGUACAGCACAUCUUAAAUGUAGAAAUGUCUGCAAUAGAACAAGUUACUUUGAAUUCAACUACUUCCAACCAAAACUGCUUGGAGGAAAUGAGAGCAAUAUAGGUCUAGAACUGCUUUAUAUGGGCCUGACAAACAACAGUAGUGCUAAAAUAUGUUCAUAAAUCUGCAAGUAAUGAAAUACAAGCUGCAAGUAAUAAAAAUCCAGCUAAAAGUUGAUUCUUUAAAAGUGACAUUUAGACUAUUUUUUGUAUUAUUCUUAACCUAUAAAUAACUGACCUAUAAAGGAUAAAGCAGGAGCCUUGAUGCAUAGCUUGAAAUCGUGCCUAGAAAGUAAAUAGCUCCCUGUUUUGGGACUUGCCUUAAAAUUGUCCUAUUCUUGCUUUUGCUCAGCCAGUGGCACUGGUGACCUGUCCCACCUCAAGCAGCUCAGAGCCCUGCAUUCCAACCUUUGUGCACUGCAGGAGCUGUUUCCUUUCUCAGUGCCCUGCUUCUCCAUCUCUCCAUGGCAUCCUGAUCCCAGCUCCAUCAGUUUCUGUUCCAUGGGGUGGCCGAAGGUACUGAGGGAUCCAUUUCUUGUGUGUGGCCCUGUGAACAAAACUGUGCAAUACUUUGGGAUAUUUUCACUUUGCUUGGGGGAGGGUAGUGGUGGUGGUGUGGAAUGCUGGACACUUCCUGGGUGGAAAUCCACUGGAAUUGCAGUCCAGUGGAAAAAAUAAAACAGAGGGGAAAGCUGGAAGUUCCACAGAAUUCUGUGCAGAUUCAAUUGCACACCUUAAACAUUGGGGUGAAAAAAAGAAUUGUCUGGCUUUGUCCUGAGGCUCUUACUGUGUAAAUUGUUCAAUGAGAAAAUCAGAAAAUACCACUCCAGGUGGUUGAACCCUGUGACUUGGCAAAUGUGUGCGUGUGAAAUCCAGUUUACUUGGCUUUUCAAAUCCUUACGUUGUAAUUUUUUUUUUAAUGUAAAAAAGAAUAAACUAAUGAAUUAAAGUCUUAGUUGAUUAACUUCUCUA